AUGGCGCCCUCACUCGAAGAGCCCACCCAAGUCGAUCUCGACGCCCCCCUUAAAAAUGCACCAAAACUAGUCGCGCCAGAACCAGAACACUGCCCCGGCCCCGAAUCCACACAAGCAGGCGUAGCCGAUUCAUGCGCCGGGUGCCCCAACCAGAAAAUCUGCGCCUCAGCGCCCAAAGGACCAGACCCAGACAUCCCCCUCAUAACCGCGCGCCUCUCGACCGUCCGUCACAAAAUCCUCGUUCUCUCGGGGAAGGGCGGAGUCGGCAAAUCAACCUUCAGCACACUUCUCUCGUACGCGUUUGCUUCGAACCCCGCGCUUACCGUCGGAUUGAUGGAUACGGAUAUCUGCGGCCCCAGCAUCCCAAAGAUGUUGGGCGUCGAGGACGAAACGAUACAUGUGAGCGGGGAAGGGUGGGAGCCUGUGUGGGUGCUGGAUAAUCUGGGCGUGAUGAGCGUGCAAUUUAUGCUUCCGAAUCGCGACGAUGCUGUGAUUUGGCGGGGCGCGAAAAAGAACGGGCUCAUCAAGAAGUUUCUGAGUGAGGUUCGUUGGGGGGAUACGGAUGUGUUGGUUGUGGAUACGCCACCUGGAACGUCAGACGAGCAUCUCUCUGUGAAUUCGUUUCUGAAGACGAGCGGCGUCGAUGGCGCAGUGUUGGUGUGUACGCCGCAGGAGGUCGCGCUACUCGAUGUGAGGAAGGAAAUAGAUUUCUGCAGGAAGGCGGGGAUUCCGGUGCUCGGGCUUGUGGAGAAUAUGAGUGGGUUUGUUUGUCCCGGGUGUAAGCAUGAGAGUCAAAUCUUCCGUGCGAGCACCGGCGGUGGGAGGAAGUUGGCCGAGGAUGAGGGGAUACCGUUUUUGGGUGCUGUGCCGUUAGAUCCUAGGAUUGGGCAGGCGUGCGAUUAUGGAGAGAGCUUUUUGGAUGCGUUUCCCGAGAGUCCGGCUUGCGCGGCCAUCAAGGAGGUUGUGAGGGGUGUGGGGCGCGAGAUGGGGAUCAAGGGCGAUAUUUUGGGCGAGGAGUGA